AUCUCUCCCUUCCUGUUUCAUUGCAGACUGUUCGAGGAGAAUGCCGAGCUGUUGGAUCUGAAUCCUGUCCGAUUUCCUUGCGCCCUUUGUGGAUGGCAGUCAAAAUGCAGAGCAGACCAUCUUCGUCAUGUGACCACACACACCGCAGAGGAACCCUAUGCGUGUCAAAUCUGUGGAGCCAGAUUUCGCCAGAGUACUUGCCUAAGGCGUCAUGAGCGGAUACACAAGAGGAAACCUGAGGAGGCGAAUGUCACCGUCAACUGUGAGAUUUGUGGAAAAACCAUAAAGAAUACUAGACAGAGAUAUCAUUUUCUCGCAUUCCACAAUGGUCGACCCAAGCAAAAAUGUGUUAUUUGCCAUCGAGAAUUUAUACGACCAUCAGAACUACGUCGACACAUUGAGAGUGUUCACAGUACGAAGGAACGGCCACGGUUUCCUUGUGGGUUUUCUGGUUGUGGGAAAACAUACCUGGACAAGAAGCAAGUAUUGAAUCAGUUUAGGAUGGAACACGUCCCAAAUCCUGUCCGAUUCAAGUGCACGUUUUGUAGAAAUGUUUUCAAGACCAGAAGUGAUCUUGAGCGUCAUAUUGGAACCCACACGACGGAAAGGCCUUAUCCCUGCCAAACCUGUGGGUCGAGAUGUACGUCACAUACCACUUUGAGGGCUCAUGAGCGUACCCACUUGGAGAGAUCGAUCAGGACAACUUUCAGAUGCCAAUUUUGUCCUAGUACCUUCUUGCACAACAGCACGAAGUGGAAACACGUCAAGGCUUCCCAUGAAAAUCGGCGCUAUCCCUGCAACAUCUGCGAUAAAGUGUACAUGGCGUCAAACGACUUGAAGCGUCACGUUAUAUCGAAACACUCAAACAUGUCCUCGCCUCCUAAUUCUUGUGGUAAGUGCGAAUACAAGAGUUGGAGCAAGCACGAGCUUACAGUUCAUGUGAGGCGGGUGCACGACGGGGUGAAGAAUUGUGAAUGCUACUUCUGUGGAAAGAGGUUCUUUAGAUUUGCACAAUUAGUUGAACACAGUCGUCGGAUUCAUACUCUGGAGAAAUAGGGAUGGAUUAAUUAGCUUGAGCGACUUGAUUAUUUAUUCAACUACUUAUGUAACUCUACGACAAGUAAUAAGUCCCACCUAAGGCAAUUUUUUGUUUCUACUUUAUUUUUAUUUUUGUAUCGGGUGAGUUAAUACAUAAAUAAUAAUACUAAAUUAUAAUACCCAAGUCAUUACAUACAUAAAUGCAGAAUUUUAUUAUCUCCACAGCUAUAAGUAAAUAUUUUUAUUUCCUAAAUAUGUAAAUCAGAGUAGGGAAUUAUGUAAGUUAAGUUUUAAUUAGACAAAACGAAAUUAAUACUAGUGGCUAAAUAGGUUUUCUAUAAAAACUGAUGAAUUCCAUUUAAAUCC